UUAAAUCGUAGUGCGUUGUGGGUAUGUUGGCAAGGAAAUUCCCGAUGGCGUCGUAGGAGAUCAAAUUGCAUAGAAAGUUUACUUACUUUGUCGGAAAAUCUUUAUAAAAAAAUUAAUGUAGAGGAAAAUACUUAAAAUAAAUUUGGUUCUUUGCAAUAAGGUAUCUUAUUUUCUGGUUAGUAAAAGUAAAAAAUUACAAAAUGUAAUAACUCUUGGAUUGGAUAGUUUGAUAAAAUUAUAUCGGUCAACAGAGUAGUUUGUAAACAACAUCUUUACACACUGGUAGCUUUUUUGUAAAGCUGUUUUGGUGGAAAAAAAAAGAAUGUGUGUCAGAAAAUUCGAAUAAUAUUGAAGAAAGGGAAUAUAUUGACUUGAAGUGUAAAGUAGAGGACUUGUUUUUCUGUCACGGUUAUAAAAUAUAUUCCAAUAUAGCCAUUAGGAAAGUUGCAGUUUAGCCUGUGUGGGGUGUAAUGUGAUGAACAAGUACGAAAUAGUAGGGGUCGUGGGCGAAGGAGCCUAUGGUGUGGUAUUGAAAUGCAAACAUAAGGAAACAGGGGAACUUGUUGCUGUAAAAAAAUUUAAGGAUGGAGAAGAAAAUGAUGAUGUACGUAGGACCACAUUACGGGAACUUAAAAUGUUGCGUUCCCUCAAGCAGGAAAAUAUUGUGGAACUGCGAGAGGCAUUUAGAAGGAAAGGGAAACUCUAUCUUGUCUUUGAAUAUGUUGAAAGGAAUAUGUUAGAGUUGUUAGAGGAACAGGCUAAUGGUGUAGCUCCAGAGAAAGUUCGCAGUUAUACAUACCAACUGUGUAAAGCCAUACACUGGUGUCAUAGUAAUGACAUUAUUCAUAGAGAUAUAAAGCCAGAAAACUUACUUAUAAGUAAUACAGACACAUUAAAACUAUGUGAUUUUGGUUUUGCUCGCACUAUAAAUGGGGGAUCAACAGGGGUUUAUACCGACUAUGUAGCCACUAGAUGGUACAGAUCUCCAGAGCUGUUACUUGGGGCACCAUAUGGGAAAGCUGUAGAUAUUUGGUCAAUUGGUUGUAUAUUAGGUGAACUUGCUGAUGGUCAGCCAUUAUUCCCUGGAGAAAGUGAGAUAGAUCAACUCUAUGUCAUACAGAAGAUUGUUGGACAACUUCCUCCAGAUCAGAUGAACCUCUUCUAUAAUAAUGCUAGAUUCUCAGGGCUUAAAUUUCCUUCUGUAUCGAAACCUCAGAGCAUUGAGAAGCGUUACCAUGGUAUCCUCAGUAGUGUAAUGAUAGACUUUAUGAAUCAAACUCUACGCCUAGAGCCAAGUGAUCGAUUCACAAUUGAAGAAUGUUUGAAUCAUGUAGUAUUCCAAACUGAACGUCUCCUUAAUAGAAAUCAUGUCCCAGUAAAACAUAUAGAUUCUCAUACUUCCAGCAAGAAACGCAAAAAUGACUUCAGUGAUCAUGUUAAUAGCGAAAAUUUGAAAAAUUUAACCGUUCGCUCAGGGAAACAAAGAGGUUUAUUACCAGAUCAAAAAGAAGAAAGGCAGGAAGAAAAAAUGGACAUUUCAGAAGGAGAGAAAAAUGGUGUACAUCCAACGUCACAAAGUAAAUACAUCAAACAAGCUAAAAAUGCUUCAUCAAAAGCAAAUGCAGAAAAAAUGGCAUUAAAUGCAAUACGUGAGCAAAUUGAACAUGAAAAACUGAAAGUUGAAGCUCUAAUUGAAAGAGAAGAUCAAGAAACUCAUAGAAAAGAGCGAACACGGACUCCUGGUAAAUCUGCAACUAUGCGCAGAUCUCAAAAGAGUGCUUCUAAUCAUAAUGUAGUGGAUAAUUCUAAUAAUAGUGAGGAAGAGCCGCGACAUGGCAAGUCUUACAUUGAUGUUUCAAAUCGUCACAUUAACACCCAGUAUAACACUACGUUCCCUGAUUUUAGAUCCCGUGAUUUAAUUGAAGGUAAUAAAGAAGUGAAAAUGGAGUCUGAGCAUGACAAUGAGCAAUAUGCCGAUAAUGAUGUUGAGAUGGACAACACUCCUAGUGAGUCUAAAUAUAUUAAACGGAAACAUAGUUCUAAAACAGUGACAGAUAAUAAACAAAAGUUAAAAAGUAAAUCCCCUGAGCCAAUAGUUCUUACCCCUAGGGAGGCCCCCUCAAAUGCACGAACAAAUACGUUUACUGUGAAUUUAGAGGCCCCCUAUAAUCAGGAGCAGGAAUAUAGUCAGAAACAGUCAGAUAGUCCAGAAAGAAGGAAGUUUCUGGACAAGACAUUACAGCAAGAGUUGCAGAGAAUCAAGUCCAGUACAAUGAGGCAGAAAAAAAAUCAAGAAGCACAACAACAACAACAACAGAAACAGGAAGUGACGUUUGUAAGAACGAUAACAGAUAGACUGUCUGAUGCUAAGUUACAGAAUCAAGAUGGUGUCAACAAUAAAUACAACAGAGAUCGUUCUGAUCGUGACAACAACAACUAUGGUGGAGGGUACAACAUGAAGGACACACGAACACGCAACAAAAACCAGUACUACGCAGAUGGACCACAGAUGGUUAGAGAGUCGAGUUUCUUCAACUCUGACGGCUCACGACGUAUGUCAGUGGAUGACGGGAGAAAAAGUGUUUAUCGUUCCUCGUCCGUCUGUUCAUUCACAAAUAACAAGACUCGUCGUGACUCUGAAUCAUCAGUUGAAUCGGGGACAGACCUGGGUUUUCAUCGUGAACAUGGUAACAUCAGCGUGGGCGGGCCACCUGUCCAGACAAGAUCUCACACGAAGUAUGUCAAUGUACAGCCAUACUACAAUGAUAGUCCGGACAUGUAUCAUUCACGACAACAGGGGGCACGUCACGAAUCAUCGUGGAGGGACAACAAUGACUGGCAUACAUCAGGAACUAUGUACCAACUAGCUAAGAAGAAAAAGAAGAAGAAAAUAGUUCAGAUAUUAAUGGACAGAGACAAUGAAAAUGUUGGUAGAGCAACCCCGUCUCGUCACUUCAUAAAUCCAUCAAGAGCUUCACGUUUAGACUAUGAUCCAGACGAGGAACUACCUGAUGGUCAAAUCUCUGCAAGGGAGCCACUUCAGAACAGAGAAACGUAUAUGUCAAAAGAUGUAGAUAAUCGAGAAAAGACGCAAUUUGCCAAACAGACAAUGGCACUUAGAAAGAUGACUCAAACACCUGUAGAUAAAACAGCAAGAUUACAACCUCUAAACAAAACAUAUGGAAGUAGAGCUGGUAGUCAGACCGGACAUUAUUUAAAUCCGGACCCGGCUUGGCCAUAUCAGGGACACAGUAAACAAGAACCUGACAGUCGAUAUCUAGCAUCAAUGUCUGGUACUGACAUACGUUCUGGCUGGAUGUCUAGACCACAGUCAGUGUUAGGUGAAGAUAGUGACAUGUAUAUCUCUCCAAGAGAAUCAGACCUUAAACCUAUAAAAAGUGGCAAAUCUCGGGGAUAUAUAGACAAACGGGGGAUGAGGGACAUAAAUUCUUGAAUGCCAUAUAAUGACGUGAUUGUCACUUUCCUUCUAUUAAGUGCUUUCAGUUUUAAUGAAAAAUAGAAAGAGAUCAUGAAACAUUGAUUUUACUUUUUAUGUCUAUCAUGUUAUCCAUAUAUUAAUGUUUAUGAAUAAAGAUAAAAUAAUU